UAAAAACUUAAAACUAAAUCAAACCUUCAGUUCUUGAGCUCAAAAAACUUCACAAACUUUUGCGACAAUCAAUGCAAACGUUAUUUAUGUCCACAAAAUAGCCAUUCAUUUGCCGACAAAAGCAUUUGAAUUGUCAACAAAACAGUGGUUUUCAGUGAUAAUUGCCAUCAAAGACAUCGAUAAUCAUCACCACAAAGGAUGCCACGCGGACCUCGACGCUGGCCUAACACCUACCGGCCCCCAAACACCCACUACUCGGCCCCUCGACCGCCAUUUGACAUCUAUAUGGUCGACGACUUCUUCCCACGAGUGGCACCUCUUAAUGAUCACGACAGCCAACUGUCCGCCGCAAUACUGGCGCGCAAUGCGGACCUAACCCCCACUCCCGAAGAGCAAACAAAUAUCAUUAAUAUGGUGUCCAAAGUGCAGAUAGUCUUGGAGAACAUCACUUUGAAUCCGGGAACCUUUGACGCCUGUGCCAUCGAUGAGGUGCGACCCGUGGGCUCCUUCAAGAAGGGAACCAUGAAAAUAGGCCACAAUAUCGCUGACCUCGUGGUGAUACUCAAGACCCUACCGGUGAUGGACGCCAUACAGGCCUUGGGGGCUAAAGUGUUGGAGGAAUUGGUGAAAAUCGAGACCACGGCUGAGGUGGAAGUGAGUGAACACUCGAGUGGUUUCGAUGUGACCAACAAGUCGACCAAAUCGACUGUCCGUAUACUGAUGGCCACGAUUAUGCCGAACCUCCGCAAACUGGACCCUAAGGUGCACCUACCCAUCAAACUCAUCCAACGGCACCUGUCGGCCAUACGUCACGCGCGAUGGUUCGAGGAGUCGGCGAACCUGACGACCGUUAAGGUGCUGAUCCGGGUCUUGAGGGAUGUGUGCCAUAGGUUUGAGGGCCUGAACGCACUGUCCCCCUGGAUGAUCGACGUGUUGGCCCACUACUCGGUCACGUUCAGACACCAGCAGUCGCUGUUGCCGUUGAACGUGGCGUUUAAGAGGGUGUUCCAGCUGUUGGCCGGCGGACUCUUUUUGCCCGGGUCGACCGGCAUAUCAGACCCGUGCGAGAACGGGGCGAUCACUCUGUACAGCCCGCUCUCCCUCAUGCAAGAGGACACCAUAUGUAUGACAUCGCAAACGCUGCUCAGGAUCUUGAGCUACGGCGAGGGAUAUAAGAUUAUACUGGGCUUAGAGCCGGACGAGACCGGUAUCACCGAGAAUAUGUCGGUGUGGGACGGAGUGGUGGUGGCGCCCAGUACUGCCGCCUUUGAAUUGCCCCCAAAGGACGAGGACAUGGAGGCCGAGGAGGACGACAAGGAUAAGAGUGUCGCCGAAGCGAUGGUCGGGUUAGUGUCCGCUUAG